CGUUAGGGUAAGUUUCUCCAUACUUCUCUGUACGGCUCAGUCGACGCGGCCAGCGUUCAUACCUCCUUAUCCGGGAUCGACCGUAAGCAACCUUAUCUCGCGGAGCCCUGACGCUUUAGCCGUUGCUCCUGGCGAUGGAUUCCUGCGCGCGAGCCUCGUCUUCCAGUACAGUGUAACAUGGAUCGACAGCACUUUUUUCCCGGAGUAUCACUGCUCUCAUUGUGGAUGUGUUAUGUACAUUGUGACGUAUCGCUCGUGAAAAACGGCUACAGAGGCAUUGUCGUGGCGCUGUCUCCCAGUGUUCAAGUGGAAGACGCCCAAGCCGUCUUCACGUCUCUCCAGAACGUUUUUAGUAGUGCCUCUCGUGCUGUGUUCGACAAGCUAGAGAAACGCGCUUUCUUCGAAGAAAUCACUUUGCUGUUACCGAAGGAAUCGAAGUUCGAAGAGCAACUCAACCUCAGUGACGUAUCGUAUACGAAUUCUAGCAGGCCUAACUAUGAUUCAGCGCACUUCGUCAUCGAGACUCAAGGUGUGUUUGGACAGAAUCCGUACACGCUGCAGUUCGGUCCAUGUGGAACUCAAGGUCUGAGAACCAUAGUUCCGCUGCCUUUCCUCAACGCGAACAACGGCGACGUUCUCGCUGAAGAGUGGCUUCGCUAUCGCUACGGAGUCUUCAGCACGGAGCAGUUUCCAGGUGACCCUCUGUACUCCCAAGGCGUGCCGUCAAAGCAGGAUGUCUUGUGUGGCUCGAGUGUUCGCGAUGUUAUCUUGCAGUCCGCUGACUUCAAGGGCAUCAAUACAGCCGGGGAGUCGCAAUGGAAACAACCAGCCUUCACGAUUGUAAAGGAAGCUCCACUGAGAUUUGUAAUGGCUUGGGACGUUGUGGAUGUCGACAAAGUAGAUACUCCGGAAAUGAAGAACACUCGAUACGCUGUCCAGAAAUUUGUCUCUGUUAUGGUUCCAAACGACGCAUCUGGUGCCAUGAUUUACUUUGGAGACACUAAAGUUGAUGGCCACGAUAGCUUGAGAGCUAUGGACACUGGAGGGAGAGAUUAUUUUGUCGCGUACUUCCCAGCAUCCUCUACAGGACCGUCCUACUUACCGGAGGCUUUAAGUAAAGCGAAAAGUAUAUUGGAAGAACAAGGUAAAUCAACGGUUCCGGCAAGAGGUGGCACCAUACUCGUCAUAACCGAAAGGAAUAUUUCCGAUGAGGUGUACACCAAAGCUAAGGAGGCCUUGCAGAACACUGAUAUCACCCUUCACGCGUUGCUUCUUCCACGGUACGGUGGCGACGAUACUUUAGAACGUCUGACAACCGAAUUUGGCGGGAAAACGGUUUACGUGCCAGUGAUGGAUGAGGCCCUGUCUUUGGCCACCCAGGCCGACAGCAUAGCUAGCAUUGUUCUGCAAGGCACGGAUUCAUCGCACACCGUGGUAUUACAAAGUGAAAUUAAAAAUGGUCUGCAAGCUGGUGAGGACUGGGAACUACCAAUAGAGCUCGAUUUAAAGAACGCAACGACACUUGCAGUUGAAAUAACGAAGAAAAGUAGGGACAGUCAGUUCAACAACCGGGUUGAGUUGUUGUCGCGAAAUAAUAAAAAAACGUACAGCGUAAGAAGCAUAGAAUUUAGUUACAACCACGAUUUCUUUCGCCGCUGGUUCGACAUACCGGACCCGUCGCCAGGAACAUGGACACUGAAAUUGACAUCUUCAACUCAAGCCGACUAUGAACCUUUAAUGAUGACUGCGAAGGCCAUGACGAGCGAUCACGGAGAGGCUAUUGGAGUCAAUGUAUGGACUAGCGAGACGUCCGAUAUCGUUAACGCAUCUCAACCGCUUAUAAUUUACGCUGAAGUUCGAAAAGGCGCCGCGCCCAUAAGAGGCGCUGUGGUCGAAGCCACAGUGAGGACACCUGGAGGGGAUGCCAAAUUUGAACUAUUUGAUAACGGGAGGGGGGACCCGGAUAUUACGGGAGGGGACGGCAUCUAUAGUCGUUACUUUACGGCCUUCUCCACCAGGGGGCAUUAUACGCUCAGCGUUUUUGUGAAGGGCACUGAUUUUACCCAGCUGGUUCCAACGCGACCAGACGGUGACGGUCUCCAAUGCUGCGGCAGUGAGUUUCCAAAGGAACCGGCAGAGAAGGCAGGUUCUUUCAGCCGACGCUCCCAAUACGGCUCCUUCGUCACCCUGGAAGACCGUCCCGAGGGUGACAUAUUCCCACCCAGUCGCGUGACAGACUUAGUGGUGAUGCACAUCGACUCCGGUAACAUGCGCGUCAUCCUACAGUGGACAGCACCGGGAAAUGACUUGGACAGCGGCAGAGCAGACGCCUACGAGAUGCGCUACUUCGACAGGAAGGUCCAAUUCAGCGAAGAGUUUGAAACGGCAGGAACUCUGAUAGGUAACAUCGCCACGGAUGGCCUUGUUGGCCCUCCGAGAGAGUACGGUCAGUUAGAAAUGGCUAUCCUAUUUAACUUGAAGUGUAAGCGGAAACCCGACAGCUGCUACUUCGCGUUGCGAGCAAAGGACAAGCACAAUUACGGGCCAGUGUCCAACGUUGUGCGUGUGCAAUUUGAUCCGAUUUCCAAUAGGACUGCUGACGACGAGGGAGGCGUCGUGGAGGAUAGACGUGGAGACGCAUAUCUAUGUUUCGUCAUCGGUAUAACAGUCGCUCUGCUUACCCUAAUCAUCGUUCUUGUGGUGAUAGGAAUAUGGUUCGUGACAAGAAGGAAAAGACAGGACAAAGAACCGCCAGAUACAGAAUGGCAUCCCGCCCCACAGCGAAACGGCAAAGCCAAGGAUGCCGGUCCCACCGAUCAAUACGAGACUGAGUAUGGGAAAACUUCAAUGAUGUCGACAAGAAUCAGUCCCGCCAAGUCAUACCCGGCGGAAUAUCUUCCGGGAAGGUACGAGGAAGAAAAGAAGAGAAAGUCCCACAAGACGGCUGCGACACCAGACAAGUCGUCAGUGAGAAAACCGAACCCAAUAUGGUGGACCACAAGCUUUGGAAAACAGUGACCCCCCGUUCCCCGUGUACGCUACGGUGAACAAACCACAGAAGGAAAUAUCCACCGGGAGAAUAAGUAAAAUGGUAAA